CUCAUAAGUUUUUCAAAUUUGGUACAGUGUGCUUCGCGAGAUUUCCAACAAACAAACAACUUACAAAAUGGCUGAUUUUUACUACUUGCCCGGCUCCUCGCCCUGCCGCUCUGUGAUCAUGACCGCCAAGGCCGUCGGUGUUGAGCUGAACAAGAAGCUGCUCAAUCUGCAGGCCGGAGAGCAUCUGAAGCCCGAGUUCGUGAAGAUCAAUCCCCAGCACACAAUCCCCACUCUGGUGGACAACGGUUUCGCCCUGUGGGAGUCGCGCGCCAUUCAAGUCUAUCUGGUGGAGAAGUACGGCAAAACCGAUUCUCUGUACCCCAAGUGCCCCAAGAAGCGCGCCGUGAUCAACCAGCGUCUGUACUUCGAUAUGGGAACGCUGUACCAGAGCUUCGCCAACUACUACUAUCCCCAGGUGUUCGCCAAGGCCCCCGCUGAUCCCGAGGCAUUCAAGAAGAUCGAGACUGCCUUCGAGUUCCUGAACACCUUCCUGGAGGGUCAGGAGUAUGCUGCCGGCGACUCCCUCACCGUCGCCGACAUUGCUCUGGUGGCCACUGUAUCCACCUUCGAGGUGGCCAAAUUCGACAUCAAGAAGUACGCCAAUGUGAACAAGUGGUACGAGAACGCCAAGAAGGUCACCCCCGGCUGGGAGGAGAACUGGGCCGGCUGCCUGGAGUUCAAGAAAUACUUUGAUUAAGUUAGCACCUGCCUGAUAUUCGAGUGUUUUUAUACACAUAAAUAUAUUUGAUCUAAUAUUUAUUCACGUUACAAAACAAUUCCAAA